ACCAGCGCCAAUACAAAGACCCCCACCACAAGCACGCACAAACACACACACCAUACCUGUCAACUACCUUUACCAGACAAGAAAGGUCUCUGUAAAUCUACUACUGUCCACAUCUGAUAGUACCCUCCUUAGCCUUAAAGAUAUUGAGCCCCGCCAGCCUUACAUACAGCAAGCGGACUAUUGUUGAGGCCAUACAUUUGGAGAGAGGGGCCCUUGAACGUCAUGAAUACCGCUGGAGCACGCCCAGUGGGAGGAAGGGUUCUUGGAAGCGCUACAUCCGCUAGAAGGAGUCUUUCUCCAGCUAUUUCGUCUGUCGCCGGGAGCGGGAGAUUAUCCCCAUCCGCUAGUUCUAUUUCUCUGAAUUCAGAGUUUUCAUUACGAGACGGGGAGAAUGAAGGGGGUAGUAUGGUGUGCCCGAUCUGCUCCGAGGAGAUGGUGUGCUCUUCCACAAUCAGUCAACAAACAUGUUUACAUUUGUGGCCACUUUACUGACUAGUGGUGUAGGUGACUUUGCUGCAAUUGAACCGGUACAGAAGUUCUCCGGAGUGGCACUCGCGGGAAUGUGGGCUAAUAGUGUAAUAGUCAUCUUGACGAUAUUCACAAAGAAGUCGAGGAGGUCGAGAAGGACGAUAUAUCAACAUGGUUCCGAAAGCGCAUGUUAAAGGCUAAAGCCUUCCAGCCAGUGGCGGUCCUAAACCAAAAGCUCAAAGGGCUAGAUGUUUUCGAAUCCAAUGAGACUCUUGCUACCGCCCGCCCGUCUUCCAAUCCUGCCAUCACGAGCGCAGCCACGAUUGAAGAGCGAGAUCCGGAUUACUUAGUCACCAGAGCACACUGGCAGCGGAGUACCACGGACGACUAUUGCCUCGACCCCGUCUGCCGGAAGCCUCUCGGUGCGGUCAACGGAAGUGUCAAUUGUCGGAAGUGCGGGAAGUUGUUUUGUGAGGAGCAUACAAUGUAUCAGAUGAAGCUUUCGAGAUCGGCGCAGCAUGAGCCCGUGAGGGGAUUUUGGUGCAGGGUUUGUGAAACCUGUUACAAGUCAAGAGAGGGGUAUAAUGACCAUUACGGUGCUGCAAGUCGGUUCGCGCUUGGGGAACCUCAGGUUUGCUGACCUUUUUAGGGCUUGUACGGGAUCACACGAAGGAGUUUUCCGAACGGAGGAGGAGAACUGUUGAUCGGGCAUAUCUGGAAGUGACUAGGCUUGAAAAGAGGCUUACGAAGGUAUUCUCGGCCGCCGCUGCCCCUAUCAUUAGCACAGUUCUCAUGAUAAUCACAGCUUACCCAACUUCUGGUCAAUCCCCCCGAGCCCCCACCUGGGACUAGUGGGUUUAUCAAAGCUGUUACAAGCUUAAGAAGCCAGCGGAAGGCAAUUGAGCAGUCCGUUGUGGCCUGGGAAGACGAUGCCAACGUUACUGCAUGCCCGCACUGCCAUCAGACAUUUUCACAGUUUGCGAUACGGAAACACCACUGCCGAUUAUGCGGGAAAGUUGUCUGCGGGGAUUCGCGAACAGAUUGUUCUAGCGAUGUUGGUCUGAAUGUUUCCGCAAGUAUGUUUGUUACCGGAUAUUCGGAGAAGCCCUGGCUAACGCUGUGAUUAGUGACUAAUGCGCUGUCCGAGAAGGCCCUCAAUGAAAUGAGCAUUGACGUGCGGAUAUGCCGAGCGUGCCGGAUCACCGUCUUCAGUAAACGGGACUUUGCUCUAGACCUAGCCAAAACCCCCCAAGAUGCUCGAGCCUAUCAAACCCUCGUCCAAUUUGAGCAAGGAAUUAAGAACAUGAUGCCCCGAUUUCAAAAACUAUUAGCAGAAAUACAGUAAUUCACAUCCUUUCAUUCUCGCUCCCGCUCUAGACACAUCCCACUAACCGCAGCCUCCCCCAGAGACCUGAACAAGAAUCCCACUCAGGCAAAACUCACUGAAGCCACGAAAACCCGCAAAAAGCUUCUAGAAACCUUUGCCCAAUACGACGCCACUGCAAAGCGUAUCUUAAACCUCCCCACAGCCUCUCAAGCUCAACUCCGCCUCCAAAAAACCGUCUACCAAGCCGCCACACAAUUUCUCCAUUUAAACAUGCUCCCGCUAAAAGCCCUGCCAAAGCUCUUAAACACAAACAGACCCGCCAGCGCACGAAUACAGACUAUUAGCAAUACGAACGGGAAUAGCAAGCCCUCUUCUAGUCGGGCGCUGACAAUGGUCACAACAGAGGAGGAAUAUAGUGAGGUAGAGGUGGAUAGCAAUGCUGUGCUCAAGGAGAAGGAACUGAAGGAGGGCUUGAUGGUGCUGGAGGAACAGAGGUUCAUGGUGCAGGAGAUGCUAACCGAAGCUAGUAAGCGGAGGAGGUUUGACGAAGUUGCUGCACUGGCGGCGAGCCUUGAGGAGUUGGAUAGAGAGGUUGAGAGAAUGAAUGGGGAGAUUGCAAAGCUUGAGUCAUAUUAA